CAAUAUGUCGGUCAACGCUCAAGUCCAUUUGAGUAACAAUGAAAAUAAUUUAAAGAACGAUAAAUCAAUGAAACCACUAUUUCCAAAACGGGAAGAAUGUUCACAUGUAUCUUGUUAUUGUGAAGAAAAUGUGUGGAAGUUAUGCCAGGACGCUUCCAUAAGAGUGCCGGAGGAAUUGGAUAGGUGCUAUGUGGUUUUCAUAUCCAAUCCUUGCCGUACAGUUCCAUUGUGGAAACAAAGGGCUGGGCGCGAGGACGAUCGCCUUGUCAUAUGGGAUUACCAUGUGAUAUUUCUGUAUUCAUGGGAUUUCAAAACAUGUCUUGUGUAUGAUUUGGACUCGGAAUUACCAUUUCCAACAUUUUUCCACAAAUAUGUAACAGAAACGUUUCGCACAGAUCAAGUCCUAAAGUCAGACUUCCAUAGAUUCUUUCGUGUAGUACCUGCUAAACAAUUCUUGCAAAACUUUGCAUCAGAUCGUCGCCACAUGAAGAGAACUGAUGGAUCAUGGAUCAAACCACCACCACCAUAUCCUGCAAUUUGCACACCUCAUUCAACUCACAAUUUAGAUGAAUUCAUUAAUAUGGAUGUAGGUACAGGACUGGGACAGGUAUUUAAUUUAACAGAUUUUGUUCAUCGGUUCUACAAAAUUAAUAAGUAGUACAAACACAAUGAUCUUAGAUAGACAAAUUUUCAUAACCUAUGUUGGUUUAUGGUUGUUUUGUUGAUUAUGUUUUAAUAAUCUUAUGUUAUUAUUAUGUUAUUGUUAUUGUAUAUUUUUACAUACAAUCCCAUUUAAUGGGCUGUUACAAAUUCACAGUUAGUAAUUUAUUAACAUAUUAACUGAUCAAACCAUAGCUCUCUCAACUAUUAUUAUUAUUAACUUUCUUGCAUAUUACAAACAAAAUAAUUCCAUUAACUUGUUUGACUGUAAAUUUUGCUCACUACACAUUAAAUUAAUUAAUUUAUGGUCCUUAAGAUUCCGUAAUAGGUUAAUUGGAAGAGUAGCUAAUAUGAAAGCUAGUUAGUGCUUAAAUUUCAAUUUAAAGAGUUUUUAAAGUGUGUCCGUGAUUUGAAUGUUAUUAAUUUUGUCAAUGAUGUUGUUUGUUGUUGUAAUAGAAUAUAUUUUAUUCUCGUUUUGACUGAAAUGAUUCUUGUUUACGAAGUGUAUGUUACUCUGAGUGAUAUAUUAAAAGUUUAAGUAACUUUAUUGUAGAGUAUAUGGUCGCAAAGUAGCUUUUGUAUAUUGUUAAAUCUAUUCUAUCAUUUUAUAUCAACUUUUAUACGCUCUUUUUAACCUUCCCUAGCACCUUUGAUAGUAUAUAAGGUUUAAGUAUUAUAAAAUGUAUAAUUCAAUAUGAUUAAGCAAUUCAAUCUCUGUCCAUACAUUACUGAAUAUUUUGAAUUAGUGCAGUACCUAUUUUUUUUAAACCAAUAUCUCUUUAAACAAGUGUGCUUAAAUUGCAUACAAUAAAAUUUCAAUAACGUAUUCUAAUGGACAAUUUUAAAGCUUCAAUAACGUCAUAAUUUAUAUAUUAAAAUUAAUAUUAAUUGUUGUCAAUAAAGGUCCUAACGCAUUUGCGGUGAGUGCUUAACGGGAUAAAUUCGAAAGAAG